UUUAGAAGCCACAUUUUUUGGGCAUAUCCAAAUGGCCCUAAAUCUCCGUUUUCCAGUUCACUCAUUUUCAUCUUAUAAACCCUUAAACCCCCACCCAAAUUUCAAACCCUAACCCUAAAUCAUCAAUGGCAGCACUUCGCACCAAGCUCCGAUUCAUCACCAGCACCCACCACCGCCGUUACUCCGGUGCGUCUAUUCUUAAACCCGACUCCAAAUCCCCACUCUCCGGCAAAGAAAAAUCACGCGCCGCCCUCACACUCCUCAAAUCGGAAACUAACCCACAACGUAUCAUCGACAUUUGCCGUGCCGCUUCUUUAACCCCCGAAUCCCAUCUCGAUCGCAUAGCAUAUUCCAAAGCAAUAACCAAAUUAAAGGAACUCAAUCACUUUUCGAGUAUCCGUUCCUUUUUACAUGAAUCAACGACCCGACCCGAUUUGAAAUCAGAGCGGUUCGUUGCUCAUUUCAUUGUCCUGUACGGACAAGCUGGAUUAGUUAAUGAAGCAAUAACCGCGUUCGAGGGAAUGGAGGAGAUGGGGAUUAAGCGUACUGAGAAGACGCUGAAUUCACUGCUUUUUGCUUGUGUUUUAGCUAAGGACUUUGAUGAAAUGAAGAGGGUUUUUGUUGAUUUUCCGAAGAAGUACGGGUUUGUUCCGAAUUUAGAUACUUAUAAUGUGGUGAUUAAAGGGUUUUGUGAGUCGGGUUCAUCGAGUUCUGUUUAUUCGAUAUUGGGCGAGAUGGGGAGGAAUAAUGUGAAGCCGAAUGCGGAGACGUUUGGGAAUUGUAUAACUGGGUUUUAUAAGGAAGAGAAAUAUGAAGAUGUUGGGAAAAUGUUGGAAAUGAUGAAGGAUUUUGAUAUGGUUCCGGGGAUUAGUACUUAUAAUAUAAGAAUUAGGAGUUUGUGUAAGCUUAAGAAGUCUACGGAGGCAAAGGCGUUACUUGAUGGGAUUUUAUCGAGAGGAAUGAAGGCGAAUCUUGUUACGUAUGGUAAUCUUAUACUUGGUUUUUGUAGGGAAGGUAAUCUGGAAGAGGCGAAGAGUAUGUUUCAGAAGAUGGUUAAUAGUGGUUUGAAACCUGAUGCGGAAUGUUAUUUUACGUUAGUGUAUUAUUUGUGUGAAGGUCGGGAUUUUGAGGCUGCAUUGAAGAUUUAUAAAAAAUGUUUGGCUGAUGGAUGGGUUCCGAAUUUCUCCACAAUGAAGUCUCUUGUUGAGGGACUUGCUAGCAUUUCAAAGGUUGAUGAUGCACGGGAAGUCAUAGGUCAAGUGAAGGAGAAAAUUUCAAGGAACGUUGAGAAGUGGGAUGAGAUUGAAGAGGCAUUGCCGAAGUAGGGGCACAGUUUUUCGUUGCAGCGUGCCCGUGGUUUUAAUAAAGUGAAAAUUCAAAGUUCCUUGGAAACUUGCAAUGUAUCUCAGUGUUGUAGAAAUUUUUGCGGAAACAUUAUGAUUUUGCUUGUUCAAAUGAAUCAUUCUCCUUUUGAUAUUGGGUUAAACUGAUUUUGCAGAAUUUUAUGCGAAAGAUUUCUUGUUUUACA